GGAACGUGGGGCGGAAGUGGCUGGGAAGGGAAUGGGGGUGUUUAACUCGGGUGCUGGAGGGGACACUGGUGGACGGACUGGGUGCAUGGAGUUGGUGUCGAUGGAGGAUCAGGACGCCAGGGUUCCAGCCCUGGAACCAUUCAGGGUGGAGCAGGCACCACCUGUAAUCUACUAUGUCCCUGACUUCAUCUCCAAGGAAGAGGAAGAGUAUUUGCUUCGACAGGUCUUCAAUGCCCCAAAGCCAAAGUGGACCCAGCUCUCUGGGAGGAAGUUACAGAACUGGGGUGGGCUCCCCCAUCCCCGGGGGAUGGUUCCUGAGCGGCUUCCUCUGUGGCUCCAGCGCUACGUGGACAAAGUAUCUGACCUCAGCCUUUUUGGGGGUCUCCCAGCCAACCACGUCCUUGUGAACCAGUAUCUGCCUGGGGAGGGCAUCAUGCCCCACGAGGACGGGCCACUCUACUACCCGACCGUCAGCACCAUCAGCCUGGGCUCCCACACCAUGCUGGACCUCUACGAGCCGCGGCAGCCAAAGGAUGAUGACCCUGCAGAGCAGCCCCGGUCCCCGCCCCGGCCAGCCACCUCGCUGCUGCUGGAACCGCGCAGCCUGCUGGUGCUCCGAGGCACCGCCUACACGCGCCUCCUGCACGGCAUCGCAGCUGCCCGCGUGGACGCGCUGGACGCCACCUCCCUGCCGCCCAACGUCGCCGCCUGCCCGUCGGCGCGGCCCGGAGCCAGCCUGGUGCGCGGUACGCGCGUCUCGCUGACCAUCCGCCGCGUGCCCCGCGUGCUGCGCACCGGCCUCCUGCUCAGCAAGUGAAGCCAGGCGCCCGGCCCGCUCGCAUUCCCCGGCUCUGCGCCUCCUCCCUCCUGGCAGCUGCGACCCUGUGACCUUGGAACCCUGGGGCCGAGGCGGGAGGCCCCACCCCCGCCGCGGGUUAUUUAUUUUCCCUGUAACUUUGUGGGAACUACAGGAAGAGGUUGCAUUUCAAAUAAACCAAUAAAAAUCA